CGCCACUCGGCCGGGCCACAGCUGCUUGGGUGUUGACCGGGAGCGGACCAAUUAAGGACUCGGACGACCGCGGGGUUCAAAUGCAAAUAUGUAAAACACGCAACAAACGAAGUAGCCCACCUAGUAGAACUGCGUUGAUGCCCAGUUUGUCUGUCCAAAACCCACCGGAAAGGUGGGAACACAACAAUCACAGAGAGAAAAUUUUUUAUCAUCGAGGCAGGAUAGUGACCGAUGGUGGGGUCAUGGUCGGGUCUCCGAGCGAAAGAGAACCAAGGAAACAAGAUCAACGAGGUUGGUGUACCCAAAAGGCCGCAGCAACAAGAGUCAUCGCCCAAAAGUCGACAGUCUGGAAGAGACUCCGCCGUGCAGAUUCUGCGUCGGUCCCGCACAUGCGUGGUGGGGCAUUACCCCUCCAUGUCCAAUGAUAAGGGCGGCGGUCGAGGGCUUAAGCCCGCCCACUAAUUCGCCUUCUCGCUUGCCCCUCCAUAUAAGGAUUCCCCCUCCUUCCCCUCCCACAACUUUUUUCCUCUUUCUCUCUUCGUCCGCAUCAUACCUCUACGCGAUCAGCCGUAGGAUCUGAGCAAGCUUUUUCACAGAAUCUUUCUAGUAUCUUA